AUGGCUGGUGGAGGAUUCACCAUUGAUGCACCUUCCAAUGGCUUCAACGGAAAAAUAACACUCUCAGUUGUCAUUACUUGCAUCGUUGCUGCAUCCAGUGGACUCAUUUUCGGAUACGACAUCGGAGUUUCAGGAGGUGUUACAACAAUGGUGCCAUUUCUUCAGAAAUUCUUUCCAGAUAUUCUAAGAAAAGCAGCUGCUGGUUUAGUUUCAAUUCUCUUAGCAAGCAAAGUCACUGCAACUAUAGGUCGAAGAAACACCAUCAUGUUGGGUGGUGCCAUCUUUUUUGCCGGUGCUUCCAUCAAUGGAGGUGCUCAAAAUGUUGCUAUGCUCAUCCUUGGUCGUAUUCUUCUCGGUUUUGGAGUUGGUUUCACUAAUCAAGCAACGCCUUUAUACCUUUCAGAAAUUGCUCCGUCUAAAUGGCGCGGCGCUUUCAGCACAGGCUUUCAGUUCUUUGCAGGCAUCGGCGUGGUUGCAGCCCUCUGCAUAAAUUACACGACUGCCAAACACGCGUGGGGCUGGCGACUCUCUCUUGGACUAGCAGUGGUUCCUGCAGGCGUGAUGAUGAUUGGCGCAUUCCUCAUCUCCGACACGCCCAGCAGUUUGGUCGAACGUGGCAAGAUAGACCAAGCCAGAAAAGCAUUGGUCAAAAUCAGAGGAUCUUCCAUUGAUAUUGAACCUGAAUUAGAAGAACUCAUUAAGUUGACAGAAAUUACGAAAACACUGCAACAAGAGCCUUUUACGACCAUAUUUAAGAGACAGUAUCGGCCUCACUUGAUCAUGGCAUUCGCAAUCCCGUUUUUCCAACAGUUUACAGGGAUCAACAUUGUAGCAUUCUAUUCACCUAACCUUUUUCAAUCUGUGGGUUUGGGACAUAAUGGCGCUCUACUUUCCGCUCUUAUACUUGGACUCGUCAAUCUUGGUUCUAUCUUAGUCUCCACUGCUUUUGUUGAUCGAUUUGGUCGAAGAUUCUUGUUCAUUUUGGGUGGCAUUCUAAUGCUUAUUUGUCUGAUUGCAGUGUCUGUUGUGCUAGCGUUGGUGACCGGUGUUCAUGGUACAAAGAACAUAUCAAAGCAAAAUGCAAUAUUGGUAUUGGUGUUACUAUGUGUCUAUGCUGCAGGUUUUGGCUUUUCGUGGGGGCCACUAACCUGGUUAAUUCCGAGUGAAAUUUUCCCCUUGAAAAUCAGAUCAACUGGACAAAGUAUUGCGGUUGGAGUACAAUUCGUAACACUGUCUGUGUUAUCACAGACAUUCUUAACAAUGCUAUGUCAUUUUAAGUUUGGUGCUUUCUUGUUCUAUGCAUUUUGGGUUGCAGUGAUGACUCUAUUUAUAAUAUUUUUCUUGCCUGAGACUAAAGGAAUAGCUUUGGAGUCAAUGUGUAUUAUAUGGGGAAAACACUGGUUUUGGCGGCGGUUUGUAAAAGGAGGAGUUGACAAGAACAAUCUUCCAUGA